UCUCUCUCUCUCUCUCUCUCUCUCUCUCUAGAAUUUUCGCUUGAGCUUCACAAAAAUGGCGAAUCUGGAAGCAAGAUACAGAGAUCCGACGGCUCAAAAUCCAUCCAAAGCCACAACCUCUGGUGGUAGUGGGGUUUGUAUGAUGAGCACCACUUGGAGAGAUGAUCAACACCCGUCUUUCAUCAAUUUUAUCUCCUCCUUCCUCAGUGCAAAUGCUUUCCGUCUCAACUUUGUCCCAAUUGCCCCAGACUUUAUUUUCAACUGUGGGGGUUUGUCGGUGGCAUUCAUAUUUGUGACAAACUUGGAUAGCAAAUGCAUCUCACCAGUGUUCAGCAGAGUCCAGAAACUGAAGGGGCAAUUUGCACACCUCUAUGUUGUUGUCGUCCUCCCAACCAAGGAACAAAAUGAAUUGUUUGUUCACUCCUAUUUCAAAUAUGGAAUGGAGCUUGGUAAGCCAACAUUUGUGCCAGUAGAAGACUUAGAAAUGGGCUUUGAGAAGAUAGUCAAGAUAGCUCUCUCUCGUGGGGUAUGCAAACGACAGGAUGUCAUAACAAAAUUAAAGGCUGAGAGGAAACAAUCAGUGCAGGCAAUGGACGUUUUCCUCAGAGUGCUUACAUCCAUACCAGGCAUAGAAAAUCAUGAUGCAAAUGCGCUUAAUCAAGCUAUUGGUUCCAUUGAGGCAAUUGCAAAGGCAUCAAAGGAAUAUAUUCUGCAAAACACAGAUCUUUCAGCUGACAAGGCAGAAAUCAUUUCUAGGUUUUUCAGAGAUCCAAACUUUUACAUGAGCCCCAAGAUCAAUAGAUCAGAGAAACAAGUGAUUUAAAUGAAAUUUUAAAAUGUUUUGUGAAGCAGACUUGAGUUGAUAAUUUUUUAACCUUGAAUGGAUCACUGAGAUUUCUAUCAUAAGAAUCUUUCUAAACUAAAACCAUUGCAAGUAGAGGAGCAUCAAAGAUUGCUGUUUGAGUCACAAUGAUUGGUUAUAUCAGUAGCUUUGCUAGCUCUCUCUCUCUCUCUCUCUCUCUCUCGUAUUUGGAGCUCUAGCAUUGUUGAAUAUCGUAAUAAAAAUU